UCCCCAGGAGGAUGCGCUGGGCGUCCGUACACACCAGGCACUCUGUAAGAGAUAUGAUAAACAGAGGGCGGGCUGAUAGCUAAGGACAGUCUAGGAAAGAAUCUAUUGCGCGCGACGAGAGCGCGUAAGAAUGAAAUGAUUAGCGCGUCACGAUAUUGCGGCUAAGUGAUUGAGCGAUGCAGGACACUGACUCAAACUGUUAGCUUUGCGUUUGUUUUGCUUUGGACCGUUUUUUAAAAUCUUUUCAUGGAAAAUGCACGCCAAGAACUGAAUUUGUUCAGUUGGGGGAGCCUCGUUGCUUGAGUUUCCAAAGUGGAUAUCGCAUUAAAAACCAACGUUUAGACGCGCGCGCGCGGGAGACCGGGUGUCCUAUUGCCUUGAACUAUGUCUAUGCCACCAACUUUUGGAUUUACCCAGGAGCAGGUUGCCUGCGUCUGCGAGGUCCUUCAGCAAGGUGGGAGUAUCGAACGUCUCGGGCGCUUUCUGUGGUCCUUACCUGCCUGCGAGCACCUCCACAAAAACGAGAGCGUAUUGAAAGCGAAAGCCGUGGUGGCUUUCCACCGCGGCAACUUCAGGGAGCUCUACAAAGUAUUAGAGAGCCACCAGUUCUCUCCGCACAACCACCCUAAACUGCAACAGCUCUGGCUCAAAGCUCACUACGUCGAAGCGGAGAAAUUACGCGGUCGUCCUCUGGGCGCAGUAGGAAAGUACCGCGUACGCAGAAAGUUUCCGCUGCCUCGCACCAUUUGGGAUGGAGAGGAGACCAGCUACUGUUUUAAGGAGAAGAGCCGGUGUGUGCUUAAAGAGUGGUACACGCACAACCCGUACCCUUCUCCGAGGGAGAAGAGAGAACUGGCCGAGGCCACGGGCCUCACCACGACGCAGGUCAGCAACUGGUUCAAGAACAGGAGGCAGAGGGACCGCGCAGCAGAAGCAAAGGAAAGGGAAAACGAUGGCGCAAAUCCAAACGGCCACAACCCGCUGACCUCUCACGUGAACGAAAACAAAUCUCUGUGCGAGAGUUCAGAGGACGACAAAUCCCCCGCGGCGACCCCGGAUCACAGCUCCAUGAGCCCAGCCAUCCUCCUGCCCUCCAGCUCCGGCCUGCCUCCCCUGCACAGCUUCGCGCCUCCGCCCGGCCCCAGCGCCUCCAUCCUCCCGGUCAGCGGCCCGGACGUUCAGAGCCACCACCACUUCUCCAUGCACGACGGCCUCCUCAACUCCAUGACGGCCAGCCUGGUCGAACUCGGAUCAUAAGAAAUAAAACUCAGCAUCUUUGACUCCCCCCCCACUCCCAGUUACUAGCUUCGUUAUCAUAGGCUACCAAACAUUUUAUUAGGCAAGCUUAGAGGACAUUAGACAAAAAAAAAAUAAAAAUCCAAGAACUAGCCUACCAGAUGGCGGGCCUACGUGAAAACCGUUUCCAUAAGAAUCCUGUAACAAAUCGAUGUAAUCAAGGGAUAGUUUUUGAUAUGUCUAGCUAUAAAAUGAACUAAUAAAAUAUAUAUUUAAUAACGUC